GCUCCCUCACCUGGACGACAGCCGCCUCGCCGUUUCCUGCACGCCUGCGACACUUCAUCACUUCACCCGGCCGCUCGCUGCUCUCGUGAGCGUGCGACUGCAUCGAAGAUCAUGCUUCUGGAAGGCCCGUUUUGGGAAUUCCGGGAGCCCGCCUCGUCUAUCAUGUCCGCUUCGGCCCUCUUGUACUUCACUGGGCCAUGCAGCUCAGCAAGGGCCGUUCGAAAUAGGCCGUGGAGCCAAUGAGAGAGUAUAGGCAGUCCAGCCUCGAAAAAAGUGGCCACGCAGAAGUGGCCAUGUCGACAAUCGACUCGUGGGACUUGGACACGCUGGCGGCUGAGGCGUUACCGGUAGGUCAACCCUUGGGCCGUUCGCAGGCUCGCAGCGGGGAGAGUCUUCCCAACAGGGCAAUAACAGAUCUUUCCUGUUUGAGCGUGCUGGACGGCCCACAGACCACGCGCUACAGUGUCUGCAUCGUGUUAGCGCCUCAGGCCAAUGAACAUGCAGGGCGGGCUGAUUGCACUUUCGCGCUCACGCCUACUUUCUUCUCUCUCUCCCGCCCAUUGAAGAGCCACUGCGCCCAUUGCCGGACGGCCUGGUGCGACUGUCCGAGAAUGGACACUAUGUGAGAACAUGUUGCCUCAUGGGCGUGCACCGGCACCAGCUGGUCGCCACCAUAUCCCCAAUAGAUGUCGCGGCCACGAAUGUAUUGGAGCCAUGUGCCCCUGCCAGCUUCGAACAUGAUGCCGGACGCCGUGAAUUGACUGAUAUAGAUGGGAGUAUAUCUUCUACCAAUGUCGUGAUUUUGACUUCACACAGCAACUCUCUUCCAAGCCAUUUGCGCCCCGCGCGAACAUUUCAGCAACAGAAGCAGUCAUGGUCAGCAGCCAUCGUCCCGCCGAGCUCUCCAGAGGUCAAUCUGCGGCAAGUGGACCUCCCUCUCCGGCUUCUACCCGCUCCGACAGCAACACGCGCAUCUCUGCCACGCCGGAUAACAUUGACUUUCGCUUUCUCAACUUCUCACAUCCUCAAGAUGCAAAAAACGCGCAGACGAGGAGAAAUGUUCGCAGUCAUGUUACCACGAAGCAGCACGAAAAGCAACGACAGCGAGUCGCAGAACAAGCACGACAGACACAGCAAUGCUCCGACCAGCCAUCACAGACGCCAAGUACCUCCGUCAGUCGAAACCACUCGGGGGAGUCGUCCACUCGUUCGUGCUCAGAGACAGAGACGAGUAGUCCCGAGGCCUCUUCACCAUCAUCACCAACAGCAUCCAGCCCGUUAUCGAUGCUCAAUCCCUUGGAGGUGUAUCCGGAGGCAUGGCACUCUUCUCUGCGCCCCGUCAUGGAUCACUACUGUAAAUAUAUGGCAGUUGACCUGCCAGGAACCGACGAGGCCACGAGACAAACCAUUCGAAUCCAUCUUCUCGGUCUGGCCUUCACCGACCACGCAACACUUCACGCAUUAAUGCUCGUUGCAGCAGCACACUAUUCCAAAUUGCGAGGACAAGGUUCGCACAAUAUCAACAUGCUACAACUCCGCGGCAUGGCCAUUCAAGAAGUGAACCGAGCGAUGAUGGACCACGGUCCUCGAGGUCGAGCGACCAGCGAUCGAAUGAUUGCGGCUGUUGCCAAAAUGGCUACCUUUGAGCUACUUUUCGGCCAACGAGAAAUCUUCCACACGCAUAUGACAGGACUACAACGCAUGGUCAGUCUACGAGGAGGCCUACAAGCUCUCGGUCUGAAUGGAAUGCUCGAGCGCAUGCUUCUCUGGAUCGACACGAACGCUGCAGAAAUCACUGGUAGCGGGCUCUACUUUCCUCCUGCAGCGUUUAAAUCUUCAUCAGGACAUCCUCGCGCAGACCGUAGGCUUUUCCUCCUGGGUCUACAUGACCAAGCACAAGGAUGAUACUGUCAAAAAGGGUUGGGAGGCUUCGUCAUCAUGUUACUGGUUCACAGUCGAGCAUUCCGAGCAAUUUGAUCUUUCCCGCGCAAUCCCGAGCCACCAUUAGUAAUACUAAUCACGGUCUAUCCUCACCGGCACGGGCAGCCAGCUGAUCUAUUACCUGCUGUCACACCAUUCUGAACGACAAAAAGCGUGGAUACUUGCCAGCAAACGAUACGGGGGACUCUGGUAGCCACUUGAUCUGCAGCAUAGCGGCAGUCCUAAUGAUGAUUUCGAAACUCAUUCCCAGCAUGAGAAAAUCUGCUGGCUAGCAAAAGAGGUGGUUGUUGAGAAGAGGAAUUUUCCAUGCGCUUUUAGACCCGACCGCCUACCUCCGACAGCAGCCAGCUCCCGGUACCGACCAAGGUGUUGGCCAAAUGGCGGCAUUGGAGUUCCACUGCUGGUGCGGACGCGCGAUUAGACCCCACGGACAGCAAGAGUAAUGAAAGUGAAGAUCAAUCCUAGGCAAGAGGAAGCACCAGUUCGCGCAGACGUCUGCGGCUUGCUGUUUACAUGGGAGAUGCGAUUGACGCGAGUGACGGAUAAUGAAAAGGAUUGAUGAGUAUUAGUAAUCACAGGUACAAAUCCUGACUUGCAGCAGAGCGAGC